GUUGAUGGCGGCCUGGGAAUGGCACCAGCCCGCCCAGGAACACCAGGCACCCCGGGAGAUAAGGGUGAGCAAGGAGCCCUAGGACCUCGGGGCAGUCGGGGUUACCCUGGCGCUAAAGGGGAGCGAGGCAACACUGGCAAAAAGGGCGACAAGGGAGAAAGGGGCCUACCGGGCGAGGACGGGUCGCCUGGACCCAAGGGUGAGCCAGGGACACCAGGCAUGAAUGGCGCCCCUGGACCCCCAGGGUUCGCUGGAGUAAAGGGCUCGCCAGGUGCUAAUGGUGAAAAAGGUGAUCGUGGGGAGCCUGGUGUGGGGGAACAGGGCCCACCUGGUACCCCUGGGGGUCUUUCCGACGAGGACCGCCGGAUUAUUAUUGAUCAGUUGAUCGACACGUUGGACGGGAGGUUUAAGGGAGGCGAGGCUACUGGCGGCAGCGGAAUCAGCAUCUGGGACAACUCUGGAGGUCUACCCUGGCAGGAAGUGGGCGAUGAUGAGGAUUUGAGCUUGGAGGGGUCUGGCCUGGUGGAGUACAAACCUUUCUAUCCCAAGGGUGGUUCUGGACUGCGAGGACCAACGGGGCCCAUGGGCCCUUCAGGACCCCCUGGACCACCAGGGUUAAUGGGAAUAGCAGGAUUCGCAGGAAAAAAAGGAGAAGUGGGACCCCCAGGACUGCCGGGAAACGAAGGUCCAUCUGGGCUUCAGGGUAAGCCUGGUAUCCCUGGUGAAGUCGGUUCCAACGGAGAUGUUGGCCCAGUUGGUCCUAUGGGUAUGAAAGGUGACCGAGGUCCUGUUGGCCCACCCGGACCUAUCACUACCGUGGUCCAGCCAGAUGGUACCAACAUUACCGUCGUCAAGGGUGCCAGGGGUGAGCGGGGCAAGCGAGGUAAACGAGGUCGUCGCGGCAAACCUGGGCCUCCCGGGUCCCUAGGUGACCUGGGCCUACCGGGAUGGCCGAAUGACACAUACAUCGGCACACCAGGACGGCCAGGGCCCCCAGGACCUCCAGGUGUCGGGCAGAAAGGUGAACCAGGGCCCCCGGGACCUGCAAGUGGUGGCGGCAGCUUCUUCAACGGAAUCCUGGGAGGCGGUAAUUCAGACACACACACAGUCCCUGGUCCACCUGGACCAGCAGGUUCACCUGGUCUACCCGGUCCUCCUGGCCCACCGGGCUUAAUUGGUAGACCUCAUGAAGGCGAGAACCAGAUGUAUGUGCCUGUGCCGGGGCCACCAGGACCACCAGGACCACCUGGUAUAGCAGGUACUCCAGGACUGUCUAUUGAGGGGCCUCAGGGGCCGCCUGGUGAGCCAGGCAUGUCACGCAGAGGUAAGGCUGGACCUCCUGGAGUCCCCGGUGACUCCAUGCCCGGCCGAGCGGCCUCAGGCAGUCUUGGAGGCAUUGCCGAGCUUCGCCGGCGGAUAUCUGGCCGCCGCAGAAACAGAGGCCCCCCUGGGCCGCCUGGUCCCCCCGGACGGUCUACCGACGGAGGCCGAGGAGGCGCAGCCCACAGGAUCGUGCCGGGAGCUGUCACUUUCCCUGACAGAGACGCCAUGAUCAAGAUGAGUGGAGUAUCGCCGGUGGGGACGCUAGCCUUUGUGGUCGAGGAGGAAGCCUUGCUGGUACGCGUAGCUGCUGGCUGGCAAUAUGUGGCGCUUGGUUCUGUGGUACCUCUACCAAGCACCACCCCUUUACCACUCACUACUCCAGUACACACUGAGAGCGUCAAGCCUCCGCCCCUUGAGGUGGACUCCCUCAUCACUGGCCUUGAUGGUCCCAGGCGAGGAUUUCCUCAUAUGUUACGGCUAGCAGCGCUGAAUGAGCCAUUCACUGGAGACAUGCAUGGGGUGCGGGGAGCUGACUACGCCUGCUACAGACAGGCCAGGAGGGCGGGACUGAAAGGCACCUUCAGAGCUCUCCUCACAUCCCGUGUCCAAAACCUCGAUUCCAUUGUCAGAUAUUCCGACAGAGAUCUCCCGGUUGUUAAUCUUAAGGGCGAGGUGUUGUUCAACGCUUGGAGCGAGGCCUUCUCAGGCUCAGGUGGAGUCUUCGCACAAAAACCCCGUGUCUUCAGUUUUGACGGCAAAGAAGUCUUGACCGACCCAACCUGGCCUCAGAAGUAUGUAUGGCAUGGCUCUGACGUGGAAGGUGAAAGAUCUCUGUCCACCUAUUGUGAUGCUUGGAACAGCAACUCUCAAGAAACAGUUGGCCUGGCCUCUUCCCUGCUGAAGAAGCGGCUCCUUGGGCAAGAGCGUAUGAGCUGUCACAACUCCUUCGCCGUGCUGUGCAUUGAGGCCACCAGCCAGACACGCUACCGAAGGAGGCGACACGCUGGGUCCAGGGAGCAAGAACUGACCAGCCAGCAGUACCAGGAGGUGCUUAAGGCUCUGAGUAGAGAUUUUGAUUACUAGACCAGUGGAUAAGUUUUUCAUGGAGACUAAAAUUGUGAAGACAAUUUAGUUUUAAGUUGAAUGGUCUCAUCUUCCAAUUGUAGCACACAUUUCUUAUGUAUUUUGAGUAAAGAUGAGAAAUCUUAAUCUGUAUGUCUUUAGAAUAUAGGUGAAAACGUUCCUUCUCUGACACUUACCCAUGAAUGUAUGAUACGUUUUAGCCAUGCUAAUUAUUUUAUAUGUAUAUAUUAAUACGUUGUAAUUCUUAGUGUUGGGAAGAAAGUGAGUGGGUAGGAAGUUUAUGAAACACAGACGUUGUGUGAGGUAACACUUGAGGUAGUGUAAACAAUACAUGAUGGACCGUGUCUCUUAAACCUGGCUACUAUAUUUGUAUUUUCCUAUACGAAGUUAAAGUGACAAGCCAUUAUGUGAAGAAUGAUAAUGCAAGUAGAAGGUGCCCUUAAAUGGUGCUCAGUACUCACUGCGUAAUUCUUGUACAAUUUAUCAAUCAAUUCCUAUACGUUGUAUCCCAGUUGUACUGUAAGCUAAAGAUGUUUACAUGUGUAUCAUUGAUAAAACAAAAUUAAUUUGCUGGUUUACUUUUUAUGGAGGUUUCUACACAAUCUAAAAGUAUGAAUUAUUUUCAAAUUGUUUCAGAACCAUUCUGAAAAGUUUUGGGAAUGACAAGGAAAAAUAUCGGUAGGUUCUUUAACACUUGGAAAAUAAUUAAAUUUAUUUCAUUUGGACUCUUUAUGUUAAAUCCUCAAUGUCAAAAUUGUUUCAUUAUUUUGCGUAUGGAAUAUUCUUCCAUGAUGUUGUUGUACACUGUAAAAAAUGUACAGUAAAUUUUACGGUGGAAUACUGGCAUCCCAGUUGUCAGUGUUCCAUGGUAAAAUUUAAAGUGCGUCCGUAAAUGUCAUAGCAGACGACGACGGUGUGUCACUGUAAAACGCUGAACUAACAGAAAAUCACCGUAAAACAAAUAAGGUGGCCAACCGUAUAUUUUUUACAGUGAACCACUGUAAUAUUCACAGUAAUUUUUUACAGUGUUAGUUGUAGGGAGUUAGAUCAUGACAAAUGGACCACCAUUUUAAUAUCUACUGAGUGUUAGAUGAUUGUCUCGAGAUUUUGUAAUGACAAGCGUGGAUCGCGAGCCAACUUACCUCUAGUUAAUCUGCAUUUCGUAGCUUUGGGAGUUUCAUCUAUAUGUCAGUGGAAAAAAACAGUAAUACCUGUAUAAUAAUUAAUAAACAUUUUCACGUGGUGUCACCUCCCUGUGUGUAAGAUGUAGAUAUGUGUGUGUUCUUAUAAUUAAGAGCGAACUUCAUCAUUCACUUUACCAAGGCUUGAUAAUAUACUUCCUUAAAUCCAGACAUUAUGACUUAUUGUAAACAUUAUAACUUCUGGAUACAUUUCAUCUAGUUGCCCCAUCUGUGGGGGCAUCAUAUCGUCAAGACAUAUCCUUGUCUUUAUUUAAACAUAUCUCUAUUUAUGUCAUAAAGAAGGCCAGUUUGUGGGUUAUCAAACUGUUCUUCCUGUGUGCACUGCCCAGGCAUCGAGUAAUAGUAUAGUUUAUACUUGUAAGUUUAGUUUAAGAGAUUUAAGUUAUAUUAUUGAAGCUUAGUUAACUGCACUACUGUAUACUCAUAGUUUUGCCGAGUGAAGAUCUGCGUGAAUUUAAACAUAACAUAACCCAUUUAGGAAUGAAUGACAGCGAAUAAGGUUUACACUGUAACUCAUAUGCAAAAAUAUAUUAUUUAUUGAAUGUAAAUCUCUUAUCAUUUGUCUACUAAACUCACCUAUUCCAUGUUUAGCUCCUAACUUUACACGUAGGUAAAUAUUAAUAUAUUUUCUUUAUUUUCUAUCAAUAUUUGCUUAAUUUCCACUAACCUCUCCAUGCUAAUGUCUUAGAAUACCUAUUAAUUGUGGAGAAGUAUGUACCCAAAUAUUUGAAUAGUUUUAUUUCAGUGCCCCAAAGAUUUGUAAUUCAAAUAUUUGGUUAUAUAACAGUCAUUGUUCCUGACUAGUGUAAGAGGAGGAAUUCUUUAAAAAACCAAAUACCUAAUUUACGAUAACUGCUGAGUGUACACACUUACACGACACAAACGCACUUAACUGGACACUUGCUGGUAACUAGUCAUAUUAAGAGUGUGUGAAUGAGAAGCCAGUGUAACGCUCUCUUGCAUAUCUUCUUUAUUCAUAACUGGGCCUUUGUUGUUAGCUUUAUAUUAAUAUUAUUAAACUGAUGAACUUAUCUUGAACUUUCCUUGUGACUGUUCGAUAAACGAUGGUCGUUUUAUGGUAAAAAUAAUGAUUAUUCUUACUGUUUUAAUAAUAAUAAUAAUAAUAUUAAUAAUAAUAAUAAUAAUAUAAUAAUAAUAAUAAUAUUAUUAUUAUUAUUAUUAUUAUUAUUAUUAUUAUUAUUAUUAUUAUUAUUAUUAUUAUUAUUAUUAUUAUUAUUAUUAUUAUUAUUAUUAUUAUAUCUAGUACGAUCAGAAAGUACUUCUUUGUGAGUGUUUGAGGCGCCUAGUGACGCAAGUCAGUAGGAAAGUCAUUGUUAAUAAUAACACACAAAGCUUUGGCUUAUGGCAAAUUUAUUUUUUAAAGUGUAACAUUUAUCCAGUUAACUAGAUAACAUAACAAGAGAUAGAUAAGAGAUCGGGGGACAUAGACGAGAGGAAACAUUGUUUGUGUGAAUCAGAUACAAACGAAACACCUGUAUUUCCAUGCUAAUGUUUAGCCGAAAUUUAAAAAUGUAAAAAUUACUUGGUGCAGUUGACUCAGAGAUCUCUGAAAUUAAUAUAAUUUUGCUUUAAAGAAUUUGAUGGAACAUAAGACUUAGAUAUUUUAGCGAUAUGAUUUUGUACUUUAAGAAAUGAGCACCAUGCAACGUUUUGAUAAUAACUUAAAAUCUAAUCAUCCAGAAAGUCAAAACAUUUUUCAACUGACAGCCACAAAAAAAUGUAAGGAGAAUAAAUAUUUCCAGGAGCGAUUUACUUUCAAUAACUCUCUGAUUAAUAUUCACAAUAAGACUGAAUCGUGGAAUUUACUUAACCUUUUCAAAACCACUCAUAGAUAGAUAUUGUACUGUCAGUAAUCACGAGUCCUCAACACUCACACAUCUGCUGUAGCUCCACUUCAACACAAACACUCUUGUCUCUACCCGUCUGAUGACAGAGAUAAUCCCUGUUAUGAGUGCGGCUGUCCUAAAACAAGAUCUUUUGUGUUGUGCUCUCCGAAGAAAUAUAAUUAUGUUUUCAUUGUUCCAAACAACCUGUUGGUGUAGUACAUACCAGUUAUGACGUCUUGUUUAGUUACGCAUUGUAACUACUAGUGAUGAGUAAUGUAAUAAUACUGUAGUCAUGAAUGUUUUUUAUUAGUUCGUGUAAGUUUCCAGUAUUAAAUGUGGAAAUUUGUGGGGGGGGUCCAGGAAAAGACAAUUUUUCAGUUGUUUAUUUAAAUGCUAACAAUUACACAUAACCUCAUUUUUAUAUUAAAUUUAUAAAAGGUAAAAGGUUUCGUUCCUUAUAGAAUUUAACUAUCUUUAGUUAUUUUACAUAAUACGGAGCAAGGAUAAGUAGACCUUUCUUAAAUGUGUCAUCGAAUAUCCUUUCUAGAUCCUCAUAAUGAAAUUAAAGAGAGGUAUUAAUUUUUAGUUACUUCCUUACUUUUCUAACAAACUAUGAUCUUCCAUUUCUUAUACAAAAUAUGUUAAUCUGAUGGUCUCCAAAUUCCCACUUCGUGACCAAGAGUGAAUAAGCUUCCAUGCCGUUGUUUGUACUAGCUAGUGUUUUUUUAUCUCGACUGCUCCUUGGCAGAUUUCUAUGACGUUGUGUAUUGUUAGGUUAGCUUUUGUCUCAUGUGAAAUACGUCUGUAAAUACAUUUCCAUGUUAA